AUGGUUGUCCCUAAGGCUAAAGUACCGGAUGUUCUACAGCUGUACCAUAGUGGUUGUUCAGGAGGCCACCUAGGAGUUAAACGAACUCUACUGAAGAUUCGAGAACGAUUUUACUGGAUCCACUGUCGUGAGGAUGUCGAGGACUGGUGCCGCAAAUGUACAAGUUGUGCGGCUGUAAAGGGACCUCAAAUUCAUAGUAGAGGCGCAUUGAAAUUGUACAAUGUUGGUGCACCAUGGGAGAGGAUAGCCAUUGACGUUGCGGGGCCGUUUCCGGAAAGUGAAAGUGGUAACAAGUAUUUCAUGGUUGUGAUGGAUUACUUCACUAAGUGGCCAGAAGUCUUCGCCAUUCCAAAUCAAGAAGCUUCAACAGUUGCAGAUAAACUAGUUCAUGAAGUCUUCUGUCGUUAUGGAGUACCCUUAGAGAUUCACAGCGAUCAACGAAGGAAUUUCGAGUCUCAAAUAUUCCAGGAAACUUGCAGAGUUAUGGGUACUCAUAAAACACGAACAACUUCUUACCACCCACAAUCUGAUGGAAUGGUAGAACGAUUUAAUCAGACAUUGGAAAGGUACCUGGCAAAAGUUGUGGAAAAAGGGCAACGAGACUGGGACAGUUGUCAUAUCGAAGCGCUGUUCACGAAAGUACAACAGUGA